AGGUGUUGAGUUUAAAAGUCAUGACACGAAGGAAUACCAAAAUACUGGCUGUCAACAUUAGAUAAAAAUAAGAAAAGGUAAAGCAAGCUGGUGGACCGCAGUAUUGUCUCCAGAGGGGAAACAGCCCUUAAGGCCCCUGAGAGGUUUCAGCACCCGCUCCGUAGUCAGUGCUGGAAUCAGAAAACUAAACUGUUGCCUGCUCAGUGGGUGCAGGGCAGCGACCCUCCCUCCAACCUGCGUCCAGCGCGCGCACAGUCGCCCUCUCCGCCCGAGCCCGCUCCUCCGGCCGCUAGCUGACCUCUCCCGCCAGCCCAGGCUCGGCCACCCGAUGCCGAUGCCCCUGCACGCCCUCCAGGACCCGACGCGCCCCCAACACAGCGCCAGGGGAAGGAAGCGAAGGAAAGGGGCCGCGAGAGGGGGCGGAGGGGCGGGAGGCGGCGCUGGGCUUUGGCCCUUCACCAUCGAGGCUCGAGGACUGCAUGGGCUCGAGAGGAGGGAAGCUGAGCCUCUGCCACCGGUCAAAUGAUGGGAGGGGACCGCGGCUGACCCCGGCGCGCAGGUGCCAGCGGCUGCCGGGGAAGUCACCAGCGGCAGAGGGCGAUGCGUUGGCCCGGAGCCCCCACCUCCAUCCUGCCCGCCGCUUUCCUCUUUCGUCCUGCUCCAUCCCCAGGAUUCUGUCAGAACCCAACGACCUCCACACGGCCCGCCCAAGCACAGAGGUGAUGCCGGCUCUUACCGUAGGAGCGGGCGCCGCUAGGAGGCGGCUGGGGUGCGCGCGGGAGACUCCGAAGCGAGCGCCGCCGCCGCUGCGGGAGCCGGAGGAGUCACAACGAGGCUGCCGGCGGGAGCGCUGCCUCCAGAGCUGUCGCCCCACCCCCUCUCCCGCAGGAUUUUGCGCCGGAGCCUGCAGUCUCCGCGCGCCGGCGGGGAGGGGGAGAGAAGGGGCGGGGCGCCCUCGGGGGCGAAGCCGAGAGCUGGCUGGUCUGAUUGGCACUUGUGGGCCCAAUGGGACUACGGACACUCCAGGCUGUGCUUAGACUGACUUCCCUCCUAGCCCGUAGCGGUAGAGAGGCGGGCCUAGUGGCUUCUCUUAUAGCCGCCUUUUUGACAAACCCGAACGUAAGAAAAGAUCGGUUGGUUCGCACUGGCGGCCAAAUGGUCCAAUUACCACAGGAAAAAAGGCCUCUGAACUUAGAUUGGCAUCCUCUCUACCUAUAGGUAGAGAGGGUAGUCCCAGGGGUGGUGAGAACCUGCCCCGGAUGUGGGCGUGGCCCUGAGGUAGAACAUAGAGCCUCCGCCGCGGUGGUUUGGGGAGGCGGAACUGAGAUCUUUCUCUUGAUUAUCAUGUGACGGGUUCUGGAUUUAAUGGAGGAGAAAGCGUGGAAAAGGCCAAGGAUCCAAACUGGCGAGUUUUCUGAUCUUCGCGCCCCAUUCCGCUCUCCGGCCAGCGGCGCUGCCAGUGCACAGCCUUCAACACUCCAACAGCAGCUGUAGUCUGUCGUUCAAAACCUUGUCCUAUAUGAUCUGCAUGGGCUCUUGUCCUGUCUUCAAAGAGCAUCUCACGGGGCUCACUGGUUCGAGGUGAGAAAUCGGAGACAAAGAGCUGAAGUAGCAGGCUAGUGUCACAGUGGGUAAACGGCAAGAUCCUGACUAGACCCUUCUCUUUCCAUCCACCCCACAUCAGAGUUCAACCAGCUAUUCACACUAACCCAGUCACAACUCACUACAAUGACUAUAAGACAUUACUACAAAUUAAAUUUUGAAGAGAGGUUCUCACAUUCAGGACAAGAAAAGGCUCAAGUUAUAAACUGGUUUAGCUCUAAAUACAUGUUUAUAACUUAGUCUCUGUAAUUCAUAAAGCAUUUUCCCAAAUAAAAACCUAUACAAAUGGUUAAAUAAUUUCCUGGAGGGAUACCACAAAUUAGGUUAAGAGAUGGGGGUUUACUGGGAAGAAUCAAGAAACCAGAAAUAAAAAUAAGCUACAAAAAGUAUACUCAUUUCUCUCCUGUUUGCUCUUUUUUGGAUUCCGUUCAGUUUCAGAUAGCUAGUGCCUAAGAACAAACACAAGGCUACCUGCCCCAGUCGGCAGCAAACAACUUCUUCCUUGGUUUCCUCAUUUUGUUGUUUUUAUAAUGUUUUUAUUUAUUUUUGAGUGAGAGAGAGAGACAGAGCAUGAGCCUGGGACGGGCAGAGAGAGAAGAAGACACAGAAUAUGAAGCAGGGUCCAGGUUCCAAGCUGUCAGCACAGAGCCUGAUGCCGGGUUCAAACCAUGGACCAUGAAAUCAUAACCUGAGCUGAAGUCAGACAUUUAACCAAAACUGGGCCACCCAGGCACUCCUCAGAUACCUUGUUCUUAAAAAAACAAGAAAUACCAAAUGAGCAGUUCAAAGUAGCUCUUUGCUGGAUAUUCUUCCCCACACCACAGGAAUGACUCAAUCUGGAGGAUCUUGGGGCAGUGAAACAUGGACCUUGCAUAGGCAGCUUCCUGCCAGUAACUAUAAAGCUAAAGAGGUAAAACCUGUCCUUGCAGCUGACAGAUCAUAUAGGGGCGAGAGCCACAGCUGGUAACCAAGAACUCUAGCAUCUGCCUAGCGUUUCCUCUAUGUAACAUGUAUUAUACCAAAACCCUGGAUAGGUAAUGAAUGCUAGGUGGCUCUUCAGGGACCCGCAACCCACAACCUGGCCACACAGUGGCACAAUUAAUGAGUCCCAGUAUCUCAUUUUAAUUCAUAACAAAAGCACUUAUUACACAGUAACAUGAAAAUUCUUGUUUAAUAAAAAAUUCCUAAUUUGAAAGAAAAUGUAUUUGAGAGCUAUUUGAAAAGCAAAUGUAUUAUGACAUUUGAAAGAUUACUGAAAUAAACUUGCAUAGCAUGGCAGCAAAAAAGUUUGUGAUAUAAUGAAAAUAAGUGGGAUUGGAAGUCAAGAGGCCGAGCAUAAAACCUAGCACUUAGACGUAUAAUAAAUGACAAGUGAAUGAUCUAGUACCAAAGGACUAUGGGCAAGUUAUUUCUUUUCUCCCUAUUUCUAAAAUUAGAUUGUAAUAAGGCUUAAAUGAGUUAUUACAUUUGUGUUUAGAGCAGUUCUUGGCACAGAACUAUUUAUUGACUAAAUAGUAGACACUAUUACUAGAUACUAAUAGAUACUAUCACUAGUUCCACCACGAGACAGAGGUGUAAUCUCAGACAAGUUACUAACCAUUCUAGAAUUCUAUAAAAUGACAGUGCUAAUAAUAGAUGCUCUAUAGCUCCCCUUCAGCUCUAAAAGAAUAUUUACAUUCCGAUUCUCAAACAUGUUACAUUAAGGAGUAUCUUCCCACAGGCACAUUAAAACUUUAAGUACUACUGUACUUUCCAGACAAUAGUAUAUUACAGAAUAUAUACCAAACAUACAGUGGGGGAAUGGGGCUUGGACAUGUGGAUAUGACUGGACGUCCAGACUAUCACUUAAGGUAGAGACUGUAACUUAAACACAUAUCACAAAAAGAAAUAUACUCAGAAUAAGUAAAACAGUUCUGGAUGAAGAUUGAGGAGAUUGUGUUCUACUCCUGACACUGCUACCAAACUUAAAAUAGUAAAUUACUCCUAUCUAUGUUUGUUUGCUUAUCUGUAAGGUGAGAAAGGUUGCAAUACAUGAUCACUAAGAUCUCUUUGGGACUUUUUUCACUUUUUUCCUUCUUUCCAAACUAGCAUAAUGUCAAUUAUUACUUAGAAAACUGGGAACUUUAGCACCCAUAAAUAUGAAAAGUUGGCUGAUCUCCUGGUCUAAGCAAGCAGUCCCUGAUCUGAGAAUGGGUGCAAUGGCAAUGGCCUUUUAUUAUUUUUUUAAUGUUUAUUUAUUUAUUUAUUUAUUGAGAGAGAGAGAGAGAGAGAGAGCGAGCAGGGGAGGGGAGGGAGAGAGAGAGAGGGAAGGAGAGAGAAUCCCAAGCAGGCUCCUCACUGUCAGCAUAGAGCCCAAUGUGGGGCUUGAUCCCACAAACCAUGAGAUCAUAACCUGAGCCGAAAUCAAGAGUCAGAUGCUCACCUAACUGAGCCACCCAGGCACCCUGGCAAUGACCUUUUAGAUGAGCCCACAUUCACUUUCAAGAGCCAGUGGAUUUGAUUUUGCCUCUGCUUUCUAAAAUAAUGUACAUUCUAUACCAUAGAGAAGGGCAGGAAAAGGAAAUUAGCUCAAUAAAUGCACUGAUACACUAACCUUCUUACAUAAUUGCAGAAUUAACUGAUUCCUUUGUACUAAAAUAUAUUUAACAGCCAACAUUUACUCAGCACCUACUAUGUGAAGGAUCCACUGGUAAGUACUUUUAAGAUAGAAAACAAGAUAAUUUUAAGUGAUCUUUAGGUAAGAGUACUGCUGUAGGGGCUGGAAAAUACAUGGCUACAU